AUGUAUCCAAAAGAAAAAAUGCCUUACAUUAUUAAGUCCCAAGUAGGCAUUGGUAUUGGAACAUUAUUCUAUUUUUAUGGAGUUAAAUUAAUCUCCUUAUCAGAGGCAGUUAUUCUGUUCUGCACAAAUUCUAUUUGGAGCUAAAUCAUGGUUAGUAUAAUGAAUAAAGAAGGAAUAACUAAAUCAAGACUUUUUAAUUCAAUAUUAUGCAUCAUAGGUGUGAUUUUAAUUGCGAAUCCUUAAUUAAAAUCUUAGGAUCAACUCUAACACGUAAUUGGAUGUUUGUGCAUCUUGGCUUGCAGCAUUAUUCAAUCUUAUGCUUUUAUUAUAAUGAAAUAAAUUGGCACUGAAAUUCCUUCCUCUGUUACUGUUACCUAUUUUAAUGUCAUCAUGCUCUUUCUGUCAAGUGUAUAAUAAUAAUAUGUAGCUACAUUUGAGUAUUUUGAUGAUUACUUUUUCUAUUCCUUUGGAUUUAGCAUCUUUACUCUUUUGGCUUAAGUCAUUAAAUUUAGAGCACAAACUAUGGUUACUUAUGAUAAGAUUUGCAACUAUUCAUAUUCCUAAAUGAUUUACAUUAUCAUCAUAGACUUUUUAGUUUUCCGAACUGUUAUGAGUAAACUUUGUAUUAUUGGAGCCUUGUUUAUAAUCUCUGGGGUUUUUAAAUAAUUGAGAGAAGAUAGAAAAUUAAAAUGA